CACAUGUGAAAGAGAAGCGUUCAUUGAUGGCUACUUCUAGGCUUCUAGCCGCUGCUUUCUGUAUUUUAUUCUCCGGAACAAAGACGACGAAGAAAACUCACUCUUUCAUCGCCGCUUUACGGUAUCCGCCCGCGGCUCUACCUUUUUCCUCCCUCGCCCAAUUGCUGGCUGCACUCUCUUCUUUGCGCUCCAAUUAUCGUCGUCUCUACAAGCUCAAACAUCUGCUGAAUCGACAUUCUCUUUUCGCUCCCACUAUCUCUUUGCCUCGAUUAGCAACGCGUUUCCAGGAAUUCGCCUUAUUGUGUAUCAUCAUGGAGGCAUAGUGCGAUAACUAUAGUAAAGAGAGUAGUAGACUUUAUAGAUGCUAAACUUCAUAUGUGAUGGAGGGUGGAAAUUUAUGCCAAAGCAGUCAUGUGAUUCAGGAAGGCAUUGCACCCAUCUCAAAUCAAGGAGAGAAUGAUACAGUAUCUUCGCGUAAUAGCCUGGACCUGGCAACUUGUAGGGUGUGCCAAUGCUCUAGAACUGACAAAAGGGGAGAUGCUGUACUUGAAAUUCUUCGUAUAACCCCUCCAUCAAGUGACACACAGGAUAAAAAGUGGGAGGUUAGGCUCGACCACACCACAGAAACAAAAGAUAAUGGAAACGAGUGCAGUGUUGUGACAGAAGCUAAAGAAAGAUCUACUUGUGUUGAAAUUGUUAGUCCAGAUGGGGAAGUUUUUGUUUGUGAUGCUGACAUUGAAACGGGUUCUUAUCAUAACCAUGGCACUUUAAUUGAACUUGGAUGUGACUGCAAAAAUGACCUUGCACUUGUGCACUAUGCGUGUGCACUCAAGUGGUUUAUCAACCAUGGAUCCACCAACUGUGAAAUAUGCGGGCGUAAAGCCAAUCACAUCAGAGAUGAUGACUUCAAUAAAGUUGUGAACUGUUUGAAAGCAUAUAAUAUGCUGAGAGAGAGGACUUUUAGUGGAGAGCCUGUUCCUGAUGCUGUUGCAGCUAUUCAUAGUCUACGGUUGAGUGAAAUUUCAUUGUGGUUCAAUCCCUGUAACAGCUCCGCGGUAGUUUCACGUGUUACUGAACAACCUUCUACUACUUCUAAUAUGCUUGAAGAUGAAUCCUCCCCAACUGAAAAUAGGGCAACCAAGUGGGCUGUAGAAGGCACCGGUGUCCUCCUUGCUACGGGGCUGCUUACUUUUACUCUUGCAUGGCUCAUUGCUCCUCAUGUUGGAAAGAAUACUGCAAAGAAUGGACUGCAUAUUCUUCUAGGGGGCAUAUGUGCUUUAACACUUGUAGUCUUCUUCCGCUUUGUUGUGUUGGCAAGAAUACAGUAUGGACCUGCACGCUACUGGGCAAUGUUGUUUGUCUUCUGGUUUCUUGUAUUCGGAAUAUGGGCUUCAAGAACACAUUCAACUUGAUCUUCCUCUCUUUUCUUGCACGUUCAUUAAAAUAGCGCGUGCAAGUAUAGAAACACAGUUUCUUCCUGCUAUAUUUGGAUUUUCUCCUUUACAGUGCUCUGCAUAGACGGCCUUUACAUCACUCCAGAAGUUUUAAAAGUUUUAAAUUGAAAGAGAUUUAUUUCAGUCACAAAUUUACUACUGUAUACACCACUACAAUGAAGAGAACCGAAAUUCAAAGAAAGAGGUCGAGUUCACGCAUAAGUUGUCCCCCAGCUUGAUAUCUGAACCUAAAAAUCAACUACAUCACUACUUCCUCUGUCCAGAAAUAAUUUCAAUUUGUUUUAAAAAAAUUAGCUUUAACUUUUAAAUAAUCAUAUAUUGUACAGUGGUAUAUUACUAUAUUUUAUGCUUAAAUUACUGUAUUUCUUAUUACUAUAUAGUACGGAGUAAUACGUAAU